AUGGCGGACAAGACAUCUUCUACCGGCCCCAGCAGGCCGAAGAGCAAAUCGUCUAAGAAGAGAGAACCGUUCUACGCCGUGUCUCCUCAAUGGAGGGACGUCACGCCUAUCCCUCUGCUUGACGGACCGCCAGGGCAGAAAGAUCCUGGUCCCGCUCUGGCCACCAUCGCCUAUGCACCACGGUACAGCGAAGCCAUGUCGUAUUUGCGAGCCGUGAUGGCGGUGAACGAGUUCAGCCGUCGCGCGCUCGAAUUGACGGAAGACAUCAUCAGCAUGAAUCCGGCGCAUUACACGGUGUGGCUGUACCGCGCGAAGAUCCUACAAGCCUUGUGGGCAGCCGAGGGCACCCAGACGGAGGAAGGGGUCCUGGCAGAGCUGGAGUGGUUGGAGGGAAUCAGUGAGCGGAAUCUCAAGAACUAUCAAAUAUGGCAUCAUCGACAACUGCUAGUAUCACUUCUUUCCAAACUACCAAGCACAGAAACCGAAUUCCUCGCCCACAUCCUCUCCUUCGACUCCAAGAACUACCACGUCUGGACGUACCGACAGUGGCUAUGCCGCCGGUUCCCAGACCCCUUACUCACCACAGACAUGGAACUACGCGCAGUAGACGCGCUGAUCAAUGAAGACGUGCGCAACAAUUCGGCCUGGAACCAUCGCUAUUUCGUAUCGUUCGGCGCCGACGAGCUCCAAGCCAUCGAAUCCCAGGGCGGCAACCGCAAAGAGAUCUUGAGUCAGGGCAGGCUGGUGGUCGACGAAGACGUCGUCGAGCGCGAGAUCAAUUACGCCAAAGACCAUAUCGCUUGGGCCCCGCAGAACCCGAGUCCCUGGAACUACUUGAAGGGGGUGCUCCGGCGGGCGGCUAUCCCACUGACGGACAUGCAGGUCUUCUGCGAGGGCUUUGUCGGUGGCAAGCAUGCCGAUCUCAUGAGCGACUCUGUGCGGAGCAGUCAUGCCGUGGACUGGCUUGCAGAGAUCUAUCGCUUGGACGGCAAUCUCGAGAAGAGUAAAUCGUGUCUGGACGCCCUAGGCAAGAAGUGGGAUCCGAUUCGACGCAAAUACUGGGAGUUUCGGGCCAAGCAGCUCGAUGAGGACCUGGGAAAUGAAGCAUAA